AUGGACCAUAGUCAACGGUUCAAGCAGAUUCGUGAUGGAUGGAAUGCUAAAGCUGGUGAUGGUAGAAAAUCUCGACCAAUUGUUGAAGAAACAACGACGACAACGACAAGGGAACAAACAAAUAUAAAAUCCCAUGAAUUAUCAUGGGAGACCAGUCCAACUAGACAAGUGUCAAUUGCUCCCGAUACUCCCCAUAAUAUCUCAUCGAACUCAGCUUUUGCUAGAUUGUUUCCAGAAAAAUAUAAAAAACAAUUUGAAAUGCAACGAUGUCCUGCAUCUGAAGAUUUUAAUCAACGGAGAGUAUCACGAUCCUCUCCAGUUACAUUUUAUAAAUCGCAUUCUUCUGCAAUUGGACAAAAUGCACAUAGAAACGAGUCUGAUGAAAGAAGGCAAAAUACCAUUUAUCGGGAUGAUAAAUAUAAUUUUGAUGUAGCGAAAAGAUAUGAGAUGGAUAGUGGAGUAGAAUCGUACUCUCGGCCAACUAAAAUUAGUUGGAAAGAAGCAUUUGACAGACAACCGUCUCCUACAAGAAAUAGAGAUCAUUCGUUUGAACGCGACUCAACUUCUCAGUAUAUGGACAAUAUAUUUGAUGAAAAACACUAUACAACAAGACCACGUACAAUUUCUGAACCAUACAUUCAUGAUACACAUGUCUAUCGAGAGACAAUACCUGGUGAACUAAAUGAUCUGUUUGUAAAAAAAACACCAUCAGAAGAACAAAUUCGAUCAGUUCCAGUUGAACAUCAUCCACUUAAUUUCGAUCCGGAUCCAGAAAUUGUUUACAAAGAUAAUCCUGAACGUAUUGUUUAUGUACAAAAGGUUGGGGUUAAAUAUUUACAGCCGCCAACACCGCCACCACCAGGUCCUCUAAUAAUAAAAGAAGUUCGAUCACCUCCUCCACCAGAGAUUCCGCCACUAAUAGUCACUCCAAACCAGCCAUUACCUGCUCGGACCCCUUCUCCCAUUAUAAUUCGAGAAGAACCACCUAUACCGCCAGAAUAUCAACCACCAAAAAUUAUAACAAAAACUCUCCCACCACCACCUGCACCACCGCGACGCGUCAUCGUUAAACGUAUUCCCCCUUUGCCAGAAAAACCACGACCGAUCGUCAUAGAAAAAUGGUUACCAUACAAGCAACCGCAAAGACCAGCGAUUCUCUACGAAAAAGCACCACAAAUUCAACCUGUACCAACAAGAAAUAUAAUUGUUCAGUAUGAACCAGCACGUGUCAAAGUAAUGAGAGAAGUGCAAAAUGUUGGAUUAUAUAGAGUUGAUCCAGCUACUUAUAGAGCUCAAUAUGGCACCCAAUUAAGAAGAACUGAAAGUAUUAGACAAGUCCUUCAAAACAUUGGCUGUGGUACGGAUCUGAUCAAUAAUGUAACAGUAAGGAAUAAUACUUCUGUACCAUAUCAUCCGCAAUCAACACCCUAUGAUAAUAGGAGUUAUUUAAAUGGUUCAUCGAGGUAUCCUCACACUACUCAACAUACACAUCUACCGGAUUCAUACCACACGAGUACCAAUUAUGAUGGGAGAUUGCAUUAUAUAGACAGAGACAUACCCGAAAUUAACUUAAACUAUCAGCGAGCAAACAUUAAUUCAAAUCAUAAUGUACAAAAUUCAUCUUAUCGAAUGCAUCAGCACGAUUCGCAAUACCAAACUCACCAAAACAAUGACGUAGACUAUCAGCUUCUAUCUUCGUACUAUCAACCUAGUCAACAGGAAAUUAUACCUAAUCCUUACAAUGCUCAAUAUAUAUUACAAAAUGCAUUAUUAACUCAGCAUUAUCCGAAUAAUAGUAGAUAUAGACAAACAACAUGA